AUGAUAACAUUCGGCGGUGGGAACAAUUCCACGGCGAUAGAAGAUACAGGGGAAGUGAGGAGCAUCUGCGAGAGUAUAUGCAGCGAUGGGUCCAGUGCGACGGUACAGCCCGGGGGCUCCAACCAACGACCUCGGAUGGAUAUAGCAUGUGUUUUGGAUAUUACCCAAACAUUGAAUCUUACACAUAGGAAAAGGGCUUUAGAAGAAGUUCGAUUGGCAUCUGAGCUGGUGAAUGCUAAUCUACAUCAUAUACCUUUCGAGAAGUUGGACUUUGGUGAAACAAAUGUACUGGAUACAUUUUACAAUGCGGACGUUGCAUUGGUGGACCUUAGCCUGCAAGUGCAGCAGAGCUCAUUACUGUAUCACUUGGGAGUACGGGAAAGCUUUGACAUGAAGGAAAAUGUUCUACUAUACAACGAUGUUGAUGCAGACUCUACGCUUCGGCUUAAGUUGUCGUUGCCGAAUUUCCUGUUCGUGUCAUACAAACUCACGGAGGCUGGUACCUGUGUGACGACGAAUCCUGCAGCCACGAAGUUUAAGGGAGAUGACUCGGCUGACCCAAAGCAACCUUUGACCUUACGACUCAAGAAUGUCUUGCAAGAUGUCGAAGUGCAGACUAAAGCCCAUCUCCAAGAGAAAUUCCUAUCGGACCUCCGCAAAGCUCGGGAGACAUACAGCGGUAGUGAACUGGCAAACAUGUUGCAUGCCAUGCGACGUCGGCUAGACGAUCCAGCCGUCCUAUCAGGGGACACAAUACUCAACAUGUUGAUAUCCUACCGAGAAAUCCAGGACUAUGACGCCAUAGUACACGUUGUAGACGACCUCAAAACUAUUAUGAAUAGGAAGAAUUACGUGAAUAUGCCUAUUAUAAGGUUCUUGUACGCGUUUGCUAUGAAUCGGCGGAAUAAAGAGGGUGACAGGGAGAAUGCUCUACGAGUAUGUGUGAAAGCGUUGGAGAAGAAAGAGAAUAGGUUUCCAGACAUGUUGUGUCUGUGUGGCCGUAUAUACAAGGACAAGUUCGUUGAAUCUCAGCACACUGACAAAGAAAGUUUGGGGAAUGCAAUACAUUGGUACAGACAGGGUUUCGAAGUCCAGCCAAAUGAGUAUGCAGGCAUCAAUUUGGCAACACUUCUAGUUAUAGCUGGCAAUGACUUUAAAACUUCAGAGGAAUUGCAACACAUAGGUAUGGUACUAAACCAUUUAAUAGGUAAGAAAGGCAGUCUAUCAUCACUGAAGGAGUACUGGGACGUGGCGACGUUCUUCGAAAUAUCAGUUCUAGCACAAGACUACGUUAAGGCGAUACAGGCAGCAGAAUGUAUGUUCAAACUCAAACCACCGAAUUGGUACCUCAAAUCCACUAUUGGAAAUAUUGAAUUAAUUGAUAGGUUUAGGAAAAGUGAAGAAAUAUCACCGGAGCAACAAGUGUUCUCGUUUUGGAUGGAAUACUUCGUAGAGGCAACUAAAAGCGAAUGUGAAAACAUCAUCAGGUUUCCUGUGUUAAUAUUGGAAACAACAAAAGUUUACAUGCCAUCAUAUGUGAACGUCAACAUGGGCGCUGAACAGAAAUCUGUGGAGAUACUCAACUUAUGUCUGGAUUCUAUGCGCGGGGAAUGUCGACAGGUCCAUCGGUGGCUGUUCACUUCUGACAUGAUCAGGAGUUACAGUUUAUACAAACGCGAUGAACGAUGUCUGUUCCUAUACGUGAGCGAGAAUUCAGACGACUUCCAAAUCUUCUUACCGUCGCAGGCGUGUCGUCAGCGGUUACAUGAUCUCCUCGGCGAAUUAACUGCUGACCAUGAAAAGGUCACGGAUUUGGAUACCAGUGUCAUGCAGGAUCAGUUGAAGUUCGAAUACGAGUUAGACGACAACAACCGUCGAGUAGUCCUAGGUAAAGGAACAUACGGUGUAGUGUACGCGGCGCGAGAUCUCAACACACAAGUACGUAUCGCAGUCAAAGAGAUCCCUGAGCGAAACCUCGGAGACGUCCAGCCGCUGCACGAGGAGAUCCUGCUCCAUUCACAGCUUAGGCACCGGAAUAUUGUGCAGUACUUAGGUUCAAUAUCGGAAGACAACUACUUCAAAAUAUUCAUGGAGCAAGUCCCUGGAGGUUCGCUCUCAGCUCUAUUAAGGUCCAAGUGGGGUCCACUCAAAGAAAAUGAAGCCACAAUAGCAUAUUAUACUAAACAAAUUUUGGAAGGUCUCAAAUACCUUCACGACCAGAAAAUAGUACAUCGAGACAUCAAAGGUGACAAUGUACUAGUGAACACUUAUAGUGGAGUCGUUAAAAUAUCGGACUUCGGUACAUCGAAACGUUUGGCCGGGUUAUGUCCUUCCACGGAGACAUUCGCUGGUACACUGCAGUAUAUGGCGCCUGAAGUCAUUGAUAAAGGGCAGAGGGGAUAUGGAGCGCCGGCCGACAUCUGGUCACUGGGUUGCACAGUAGUUGAAAUGGCGACAGGAAACCCGCCUUUUAUCGAGUUAGGAUCUCCGCAGGCAGCUGUUUUCAAGGUUGGUUACUACAAGGUGCACCCAGAGAUUCCAAGCGAGCUAUCAGCGAAAGCCAAGAACUUCAUUCUCCGUUGCUUCAUACCAGAGCCAGAGAAACGAGCGACCGCAGCCGAACUAUUAGAAGACCCUUUUCUUUGCGAAAAGAAGAAACCAACAAGUCGGCUUGGCAGUAACAUGGAUUAUAGCCGAAGUAUUUCAGUUCCUGCCGACAAAGCUCGCCCAGUUACAGCCCAGAAGAAAAUCUCAGAACCUAGCAUCGCCAGCAAUCUACCAAGUUCACCAGAAAUCGAGGUGAAAACGAUCCGGUCUAAUCCUAUCACUAGGACAGCCUCGUCGAUGCUCUCACCAAUACUGAUAUACCCACCGGACUUGUCCAAUUGCAGUACUAUGCCCAACACACCAUCUACUGAUGAAAUGGACGGCAGCGAUACUUUAUUGAAUCGCAGGAGUUCGUCGGGAGGGCUCUUGUCACCUGAGGUGGACAUGCCAAACGUGCCUCGUUGUUCUAUAGACGGCCCGGAACACGACGGCUUCUACUUACUAAAGAAGGACUCACAGCGGAGACUCACUCUCUCUCGUGUGUUAGAGCAGGAUAGCGAGAAGAUAUGCUCCAAAUGGAUGCUCAGUAUACACCAGGACUUUGGAACUACUGUGCUGACUAUGAACCACCUAGAAAUGCUACGAUGCGCCCUUAAAGAAUACAUAAUGGAUCAGAACAGGAAUGUGAUAGAGCAAGCAAUAAUAACUUUGAAAGAAGAAUUGGACUUUGACUCGAAUGCCAUCAACGAGUUGCAUUCAGCCAUUUAUAUGUUCCAAGAAGCAGUUAAUACUGUGUUAAGGAUGCAUAGCAUAAAACCUCAUUGGAUGUUCGCUUUGGACAAUUUGGUGAGGAACGCUGUCCAAGCUGCCAUUACUGUUUUGUCGCCAGAGCUGGGAGCUAACCUAGCAGGCCAGGAAGGGCGCCGCGGUAGAGUGGCGGCGGCCGACACGUCUCCGUCCGCGCUGUCCUCCACCAACUCCGCCAGGGACACGCACGCACUACAUGCGUUGAGACACGAGAACCACAAAUUACUUCAAGAGCUUAUAGAGAGUUACCAACUAAACCAGACUCUGUUGCGGCAAGUACUAGAAGAACAGAAAACGCAAACAAUGAUAUUCAAGGAAUUCGUUGAAAAGAAAUCUCGUAGUUGUACUCCACAAGUGUUCGUAAGUCAGAGUGACUCUGCAGUGGACACUGGUGAUGGUAGUGACAGUGUGGACGAGAGCGAAGCCCUAAAGUUGCGCGAGUGGAUCGCAGCCCGAGGCCUUCCCUCAGCCGUAACCAACGCACUGCUCAGUCAUUGCUACGUACUGACUGAUCUACUCCAACACGCGCAAAGAGAGGAUAUUGCGAAACUUAAUCUCAAAGGUGGAAUCGAGCUGCGACUAUGGCGAGCAAUACAAGAGCACAGACUACACAGUACCCCAUCACACUUACGUCGCAGCAGUAGCACGGAGACUGACGGCGACGCCCCACUACUGCUGCUGGACCCCGCGAGGUCCAGUAGAGCGCGCCGAGCGCCCUCUACCGCGUCAGCAUGCUCCAACAACCCCACCAUCGUGAUCCGCGACCAAGUUAACGGAGAUGACUCCGUUGCCCCGUACUAUGGUGACGCCGGUCUCAAUCUUUGA